AUGAAGGCGACCGCGUGCUCGAUUUAUCCGCUGGUUCGUCGUCGUCUUCGUCAUCGUCGGGCGUCGUUCCUCGUUUGCGUCCUCCUGCUCGUGGUACUGUCCCCGGUGCUGGUGUUGACCGACGAUCGAGGGAACGAGCGCGAGAAUACGUACCCGAAGGAACCCGAGGACAGUCCGGAAUUCGCCAAGAACCCCAAGGAAUCGAAAGUUUCCUCGGUCGGGGAGGAAAACAAGGACUCGAUGGUGAAAUCUGGCGGGGAUCAGCCGAUCGGACAGUCCGCCAAAGCCAUCCACGAGAACAGCCCGGCGCUAAGAAGAUUCUUGGACGACGUCCUCAAGGCUCAGGACGAUUUGAAGUGGAUAGAUCAAACCGUGGGUAACGUCGACCGAGGGAGGAAUUCGGACAAGUGA